AAUGAUCCAGAAUAGCGCUAACCAUGCGACCACAGACGUUUAUUUCGCCUAGGCGAAUUAUGCUAGAAGCAAACCGAAUCUAUGUAUGCAGACUCGUUUGGGACUAUGCAUCCCACUCGCAAUUUUUUUCUGGUUCAUAUAGUCAAUGAACUACGCAGACCAGACCCAGCUGCUAUCGCAUUAGUGUCAAUAGGAGAGCCACCAUGUUAUAAGCAGACUGGAACUGACUUUUUAAAAUAUUUUUUUGUUAUCGUAAACGGCCUGAGUAAACGAUCUUCAUUUCACCACCAUCUUUGGUGAAAAAAAACAACACCGAUUUUAGCCAACCAUUGGAGCAGCAGCAGGCACAAACCCGCUGUCGCCUUUUCUCUGAUUGCGGUCAUUACCCUAAUUAUGGGAGUCGCCAGGGAAGGUGCGUCGUUUGAAGAGGAAGAGAAACGCCUUGUCAUGAUGAAACCUUUGACUAACCUUCAGCAGGGUUAACGUGUGUUUCAUCCAAACACAAACCCAGGUGUUAGUGCCACUACCAAACGCAUGCCCAGGAGUAGAUACAGGUGUUAGUGUCAACCCCAUGUCAAGUAGACACACCUCCUCUCCAACCAUGAGGCCUGACAAUAACAACAACAACAGUAUGCUGGAUGGAGACGGAGUGGAGGACGGGUCUGGACCAAUCAGCAGGCCCCGUCAGCCGCAGUGCCGUUCUCUCUCCUCCGGCCGGGCGCGUCAGGGCCACCGCCGCAGCAGCAGCAGAACAGACAAGCAGCCUCACACCUGUCCUCUCUGUUCCAAAACGUUCAUCUCUUCCUCUCACCUGGCCUUACACCUGCGCUCCCACAGCGGGGAGAGGAAGUAUAAGUGUGGCGUGUGUGGGAAGCUCUUCCUGCAGUCAGCCCACCUGAUGCGCCAUAAGACCACUCACACAGGGGACAGGCCCUUUAAGUGUCCAGACUGUGGGAAGGGCUUCGGUCGCGCUUCUCACCUGAAGACACACCGACGCCUCCACACAGGGGAGAAGCCAUUCCAGUGCUCUGUCUGUGACAAGGCUUUCACCCAGAAGGCUGGGCUGAUCAUGCACCACCGCCUGCACACUGGAGAGAGGCCCUACAGGUGUGAUCACUGUGGUAAAGCCUUCCGCUCCUCCACACACCUGCUGGCCCAUCAGGCCCUGGAGUCAGCCAAGCAGAGCUUCACCUGUGACAGGUGUGAUCAGAGUUUCAGGUCAGCCUCGUCCCUCAGACAGCAUGUUAAGACACACAGCAGCACCAUUGAGGACCUCUGCUGUGGGGUCUGCUGCCGGUCCUUCGUCCGCUCCUCCUACUUGCAGCUGUACAUGAGGCUCCACAGAGGACAGAGGCCCUACCACUGCAGGGUCUGCAACAAGACUUUUGCUAAGAUGACCACCUUCCAGAGACACUGUGACAAACACCUGAGGAGGAACGGGGACAUGGACCAGGGGCAGCAGGAGGAAGAGGAGGAAGAUGUCAAACCUACAUUGCCCCCACCCUCCACCCCUCCUUCUCCUGCCCUUCUACCUCCUCCUGUUCCUCCAUCUACCCUUCCUCUCUUGUCUGAGGUCAAUACACGCUCUAAAACUAGAGCCAAAAUUAGGAUAGAAUGACUGGACUUGGAGUAUAACAAUGGGGAAAGAACAUAAGUGGCAACCUUAAACGUGCAAUUACUUGCAACAGUCAUAUUAUGUAUAUUUACUGAUAGGGUAUUGCAAAUUAUUUAAAGUUUUUAAUUAUACAAACUCUACUGUAAUGUAGUUUAUAGUAUUGUUACAUUUUAAGCAUGCUUUUGUAUUUACUAAUACACACUUAGACUUUCCCUGUGUGACUUCAACACUCUUCAAUGUGCUAUACAAUCCUGAUGCUUUUCAUACCAUGGUCCAUAUCGUACAGUACCAUACUAUACCAUAACGUAAAGUCUGUAUGAUCAUAUCACUCCAUCCUUGGACCAAGUAUUAACUUUUUUAUAACAAUACAUGUUGAUUGGACACGUUACAGUAUUUUAUCUUCUCAAUCAUGUGAGUCUUUAAUGUUGCUCAGUAUUCUGUGUAUCUGAUCUGAGUUCCACAGAAGAAACAGACAUUAAACAGAUUAUCAGUA